AAUUAUCCAAAUGUAAAAAUACAUGACUUUUGAGUCAAACUCGGCGGUCAUACAUGCAAGACUACUGUAGAAGAACUGACCGAGCUUCCUUCUUCUCUCCUUUUCACCAUUUUCGUUCCUGCUCUCCCUGAUCAUGCAAAUCCUCUCUAUCAGGGAAUAAAAUCCCCUGAUUUUUCCUUACAAAUUAGUGCUUUGUAUUCCCAGUCUCUCACCGCUCUUGUCGCCGUCCUCUGAGGUCCAGCCACUGCCGCCAGGUGCCGCCACGUUCAACCUAAGGAUACUGCCGAUUCUGCCCAUUAUUGUUCAGCUCUUUGCUCUUCUGCCAUUUCUGUAUUAUAAAGAUGCAAUGUUCUGUAGUACCUAAGAAUGAAACUUAAGAGAAACUUGAGGAACGCCCACACACCUGCCUGCCCCUCUCGCUGCAACCAAUAUGGGGCAUAAACAUGCCAAGCAUGCUAGAUUUACUCUAGAUAGACUAGACAACAAUGGAGAAACAGAAUGAGGUUGUGUUGUUUGGGACAUGGGCAAGCGGCUACUGCAAGAGAGUUGAGAUAGCCCUUGCACUCAAGGGCAUACCUUACGAGUAUGUAGAGGAAGAUCUGACAAAUAAGAGCGAGUCGCUUCUGUACCACAAUCCUGUUCACAAGAAGGUACCUGUUCUUGUUCAUAAUGGGAAAUCCAUUGCCGAGUCACUUGUUAUUCUCGAGUACAUCGAUGAUUGCUGGAAACAGGCACCAAAACUACUGCCAGAGGAUCCUUACCUGAGGGCCAAACUUCGCUUUUGGGCCAACUUCUAUGAUCAAAAGUUUAUGGCAAGUUCCUUACAGAUCACCAUGUCAAGAGGCGAAGAGAGAGAACGAGCAAUCAAAGAUUUCAGCGAGGUGCUUAAGGUGUUUGAGGAUGGAGUCAAAAAGGAUUUUCCUGCAGAAUUUCCUUGUUUUGACGGCAAGAACUUGGGAUUUCUCGAUAUUGUUGUGGGCGCGAUUGCUUGCAACUACGAAGCUGUUAAUGAAGUGGUAGCAACGAUUUUUAGCCCUGAAACGAACCCAACAUUUUGGUCGUGGGUGACUGCUCUAAAGAAGCAGCCGUUGAUGAAAGAGAUGCUCCCACCUCAUGACAAGCUGGUAGCCAUGAUGAGACAGAAGUUCUUCCAGUCUGCUUGAGUUUGAUGCUUGUGCUGCCUUUCAGAGAUCUUAUUGAAUAAACGAAGAUUUGUGUUCUUUGGUACUAUCGACUAAUGGCGCCUAUAAAUAAAGUCGUUUCCAUUAGCUUCCUCUA